AUGGCCCGAACCAAGCAGACCGCCCGAAAGUCCACCGGUGGCAAGGCCCCCAGGAAGCAGCUCGCUACCAAGGCCGCCAGGAAGCAGACCACCGCCGCCGCCGCUGGUGGUGUCAAGAAGCCCCACAGGUACAGGCCCGGUACCGUCGCUCUCCGAGAGAUCCGACGAUACCAGAAGUCUACCGAGCUCCUCAUCAGGAAGCUUCCCUUCCAGCGACUUGUUAGGGAAAUCGCCCAGGACUUCAAGACCGACCUCCGAUUCCAGUCCAACGCUGUCAUGGCUCUCCAGGAGGCUUCCGAGGCCUACCUCGUCUCUCUCUUCGAGGACACCAACUUGGCUGCCAUCCACGCCAAGCGUGUCACCAUCCAGCCCAAGGACCUCCAGCUUGCUCGACGACUCCGAGGCGAGCGAUCUUAA